UUGCGCUAGACUCAACUUAUCAUGCUGGUGAUUUGAUUUGAUGAUUUGACCUACUGAUUUGAGGUUCCUUUCAUUACAAUCACGGUAUACUAUUUUAAGUAACAACUUUGGUAUUUUGUUUUGUUUUGAGAAGACAAGCCUCACCAUGGCAGACACGAAUAUGCCAGAUUUUGAACCCGUCAUCGAGUACCUGGGCCUAAAGGGAAGAUAUCAGGGCGUCCAAGCGGUGCUGCAAGUUCUGGGGAUUUAUUGCCUGUCCUUUGCUGUACUGAUCGGGGUGUUUACAGGGUACGAGCCGGCCCACGAGUGCAAUGCCGUGAAUGUGACGGAAAUGAGGGAUCUCUUCUCUGUGCCGGACAACGCCAGUCUGGAGGCAAGCUACGGGAAGUGUGCCGUGACUUUGGUGGUCAACGACUCUGCCGCUGUGACGACACAUACGAUGAGCUGUGUCAACGGACACAAUUAUUUCGGCAACAAAUAUAUUUCCUUUACGUCUGAGAUGGACCUGGUCUGUGACAGAACGGGUCUUGGGGACCUUUCACAGACACUUCUUAUGUUAGGCCAAGGCAUCGGUGGUUUCAUUUUCACAUCGCUCGCUGAUCGCUUCGGUCGGAAACCCAUCUAUGUCUUCACGUCUUUUGGCAUGACGAUACUGCACAUCCUUAUAGGAGUGGCGCCAGAAAUAGGAUCUCUGACUCUGUUCCGCUUCCUCAUUGGUGGAUUCCAACAGGGUGUGUGCCUUUCGUCCCUCACAUUGUUCCUGGAAAUGAUGUCUCCACGUCACCGUAUGUUGGGGUCUGUGGUGUGUGGUACCCUGUGGUCCACCUCUGUUUUGACGUUAGGUCUGUUGGCUUGGCUGCUGAGAUACCACUCUUGGCGCACACUGCAGCUGAUCAUGACAGCCACCACCUCGUACUGUGUCCUUUUGCCUUGGCUUCUAAUGGAAUCUCCAAGAUGGCUGGCCUGCAACAAUCGGGCAGAUGAAGCUCUUGAAAUCUUCAGGAAAUGGUGUGAACAGAACGGGAAGGACUUUGCUCACGUGAAAAGCCUCUUUGACAAAAAUGUUGUGGAAAAAUUAAGAGUCAAGAAGAUGUUGGAGGAAAGAGAAGGCGAGGAGAAGCCAGAGCUACACGUGGAGAAGUACACCAUCUUGGAUCUAUUCAAACACAAGCAGAUCGCACUCACAAGCUUUGUCCUAGCUUUUGUCUGGGUUACGAACGGAGUGACAUACUUUGGUCUCAUCCUGACUUCCUCAAGUUUGGCUGGAGACCGAUUCGUGAAUUUUCUCCUCUCUGGUUUGGCGGAAUGGCCCUCACACUCUGUUGCCUAUUUCAUGCUGAGAAGAAUGAAACGAAGACUGAUUGAGACGAUUUUCCUGGUAUUGUCAGGCGUUUGUCUCAUUACUUCGGUACUACUUUUGCUGAGUCCAGAACAGGAGGCCAGCACAGCAUCCAUAGUGUUUUCUCUGUUAGGCAAGUUCUCCAUCACUGGCGCCUUUAACGCUCUUUACCUGCUCACUCCAGAGCUUUUCCCCACCAAUCUCAGGUCAAUAGGACUUGGGUGGUCUUCAGCUUUGUCCAGAUUCGGUGGAAUGGUGGCUCCUUACUCCAGAUUUCUUGCUGAGAAAGCUGUGUACGGACCGGGGACAAUCUUUGGCUGUAUGUGCCUCAUCUCUGCCCUACUGAUCCGUCUGUUACCUGAAACCAGAGGACGUCCGCUGCCCAACUCCAUACAGGAGAUGAAGGCUUGGCGUAGUGAGAAACCAGGAAUCCGGAAGAAGGAAACUUGUAUCGACCACGCUUUUAUCGUGCCUCCUGAGAGCAAGCGUGAUGUAGAAGACACAGAAACUCACAAUUACCGAUAUUCCUUGGUUGAAACUUAAUGCGAAUCUAAACCUUAAUUUGAACCCCCUCCUGAUUUUCAAAUUAAUCUAUCGCUCCACUUUCUUCUUUUCUUAUGUUUUACUGCUGCUUAAGCUAUUGUUAUAUUUUAUAGAUAUUUCUUAGUUUGGAAGUUGGCUGAAGCAGAAGAUAUUCCGGAAAUGGAUCAGGUCAGAUUCAAGCAUUAAGGUGUACUUCUCAAUGAUUUUUCAAUUCAUCUCCCCCCCCCCCUUUGCACGCUUCAUUCUCAACAUCUCAUCCUCGUAUCAAAUAUUAAAGCUUUUGGGCUUUUGGUAAUUUCUUCUCUCCAAAGGGAUCUGAAAUUCGUUCAGCAUCUCUGUUGAAUGAGCUGGCGUGCAGCAUUAAGAGUAUUUUUUACUGACUUGUUCAUUAAAAUGAUCAGCGUCGCCUGUUUCUAUUAUGCUUGA